AUGCAUUGUGUCUUGCCAGCAUAUAACACCACUGUCUCUAAGCAACUGCAAACCCUCUCUAUUUUCCAGGUCAAGUCCCUACUGCUAUUGAUGCUGGGGAUCACCCUCCUAAGGGAGGCGGCAGCUUGGAAAACUCGCGGAGUGGGCAAUACUAGUCUCCAAAAGCCUAGCAAUUGCCCUCCUCUGGAGGGCAACACUGUGAGGGUCAACACUCGAAUCCUCAAUCAAAAGCAGGGCAUUCUCAUCACACAUGACUUCCGGAACCGCUCCAGCUCCCCGUGGGAUUAUAACAUUACCCGAGACCCCCACCGCUUCCCCACUGAGAUUGUAGAGGCCCGGUGCAGACACUCAGGCUGCAUCAAUGCCCAGGGGCAGGAAGACAGCUCCAUGAGCUCUGUUGCCAUCCAGCAAGAGAUCCUGGUCCUCCGGAGGGAGCCCGAAGGCUGCGCUCACUCCUUCCAGUUGGAGAAAAUUCUGGUGACUGUUGGCUGCACCUGUGUCACCCCCAUCAUUCACCAUGUGGCCUGA